GAAUAAUCUUAUUGUUAGUACUUAAGAUGAAAGCUUUCAUACUCUGCGUCUAUAUUUUAGGAUAUGUUUCCUUUAUCUCUACCGAUACUGUAAUGUCAAAACUGCAAACACGCCCUGAAGACCCUGGAAAAGAAUUAGUGGAUAUUUGUCUUAGCCAAGUUAAUCUGACUCGAGAGGAAGCUUACAAUGUAGAGAAUAUUUUAAAUAAUGUACAUGAACAACCUGAAAUGAAAGAAAAAAGAAGAAAACAUGGCUGUGCAAUUGAGUGCAUUCUAAAAAAGAUGAACUGGAUGGAAGGAACAGAACUUAAGGAAGAAAGAAUUUAUGCAAUUGUAACGAAACUAUUACCUGACCAUCUCUUACAAGCCAAAGCACAAAAGCUUAUACGUGAUUGUGCUAAAGAAGUAAGAGAUACCACGCCAGAAAAAUGUGAAAAAGGCGUUACAGCAAUGGUAUGUACAAUGAAAGGUAUAGAGAAAAAUCGGAUCUCAAUAUUUGAAAAAUAUGAAGAGGAUUGAAUUUCAAUACUUGUACAUUAUAAUAUACAAUAAUUAAGAUUAUUCUGCAAAAAUGUAGUUUAGUAAGAAAGAGAAAUAAAUGUACUUGUAUCUCACUCUUGCCUUUGAUUUACGUAAUAAAAUUAUGUAUAAAAAUAA